AUGCUUAUCCCCUUCCCUUUUGCCGCCUCGCCAUCUCACAAUCCCACCUCCCCAAUUCCCCUUCUCGCUCACCCCUUCCCGCCUCCCCGUUUCCCCUUCUCACCUCCCCAAUUCGCGUUUCCGCCUCCCCGUUUCCCCUUCCCGCUCCCCAAUUCCCCUUCCCGCAUCCCCUUUACCCUUCCCGCCUCCCCAUUUCCCCUUUCCGCCUCCCCAUUUCCCCUUUCCGCCUCCCAUUUCCCCUUUCCGCCUCCCAUUUCUCCUUCCCGCCUCCCCAUUUCCCCUUCCCGCCUCCCCAUUUCCCCUUCCCGCCUCCCCAUUUCCCCUUCCCGCCUCCCCAUUUCCCCUUCUCGCCUCCCCAUUUCCCCUUUCCGGCUCCCAUUUCCCCUUCCCGCCUCCCCAUUUCCCCUUCCCGCCUCCCCAUUUCCCCUUCCCGCCUCCCCAUUUCCCCUUCCCGCCUCCCCAUUUCCCCUUCCCGCCUCCCCAUUUCCCCAUCCCGCCUCCCCAUUUCCCCUUUCCGCUCCCCAUUUCCCCUUCCCCUGCCAUAACCUUUCAUCGCCAUACCCUUCCAUCCCUUGUGAUACCCCCCUGUGUUACUCUCCCAUCCCCCUCCAAGCCCCAUCCCAUACCUUUCCUGCUCCCUUCCCGCCCCCCCUUUUCCCCUUCCUGCCUCCCCAAUUCCCCUUCUCGCUCCCCAUUACCCCUUCCCGCCUCCCCGUUUCCCCUUCCCUCUCCCCAUUACCCCUUCCCACCUCCCCGUUUCCCCUUCCCACCUCCCCCUUUCCCCCUCUCAUUUUCCCCCCAUUCACCUGCUCAUUUCCCCCAUUCUCCCUCUCAUUGCCCCACGUGCUCCCUCUCAUUUCCCCCAUUCUCCCUCUCAUUGCCCCACGUGCUCCCUCUCAUUUCCCCCAUUCUCCCUCUCAUUGCCCCACGUGCUCCCUCUCAUUUCCCCCAUUCUCCCUCUCAUUGCCCCACGUGCUCCCUCUCAUUUCCCCCAUUCUCCCUCUCAUUGCCCCACGUGCUCCCUCUCAUUUCCCCCAUUCUCCCUCUCAUUGCCCCACGUGCUCCCUCUCAUUUCCCCCAUUCUCCCUCUCAUUGCCCCACGUGCUCCCUCUCAUUUCCCCCAUUCUCCCUCUCAUCCUCCCCCCUUAUCCCGCUCAUUGCCCCCCUUUCUCCUCCUUAUUUCUCCCCCUCAUUCCCCCCAUGCUCCCCCUCAUUCCCCCCUUUUUCUCCCUCUCAUGA